GGGGAGGAGAGUCAGCUGGCUCAGUGUUGAGGGUUGUAAUGUCACCUUGUGGGUGUUGGCUGCUCAACCGGUUAGUGCUCUCUUACGAGUUCAGAAAGUGAGUUUUGGGCACGCUAAUAGAUGCUAACUGGUUCAGAAGAGAUUGCUGGGAUCUACCAAGAGUUCAGCAAAUUCCCAAACCCACUGAAAGGCUGGACUGGAUCACAGGUUUCUUUGAAGCAUGGGGGGAAAUACUGCACCAUCUACUCAGAAUGGUCUCAGAGAGAUCUGGAGCGAGCUGAGUGGGUGAAGUUCUGCCGAGAGUACAUUGUAUUCUGUGAUGAAAAUUCCAUUGUGCACACUUGCCCUUCAGGAAAAUGCACAGAAUUGCGGGGCGAAUUACUGAAUAGAGCUUCACCCUCUGGCACUUUGAAAGCUGUCCUCAGGGGGCAUACCAACAAGAAGGGGGAGGAACAGCAAUAUCUGGAGAUUUGGAGCAAAACCUCAAAGGAGAGCAGCAUAAACCUGACAGCACUUGACAAGCAUGGCAAGGUGUAUGAAGAUGAUCAAUUUGGUUGUCUUGCAUGGUCUCAUUCUGAGACUCAUAUUCUGUACAUUGCUGAAAAGAAAAGACCCAAAACAGCAUCCUUCUUCCAAACUAAACUAGCGUUCAGUGCUGAAGAGGAGAAUUACAACAGCAAUAAAUCGAAAAAAUGUCAAAAACCAGUGCAAGGGGAUCAGUAUCUGUAUUGGGAGGACUGGGGGGAAACCCUGGUAAAAAGGAACACCCCGGUACUGUGUGUAUUGGAUAUUGAGAGUGGCAACAUCUUUAUAAUGCAAGGAAUUCCUGAACACAUUUCUCCUGGGCAGGCAAUCUGGGCCCCGAAGGACACUGGCAUCAUAUUUGUUGGCUGGUGGCAUUUGCCUUGGCGACUAGGUCUCAAGUACUGCACCAACCGCAAAUCAGCACUUUACUGUGUCGACCUAACGGGGAGUGAAUGUCUGCAGAUUUCUUCAGGAGUAAACUCUGUACGUUCCCCACGCCUUAGUCCUGACCAGCGUCAUGUUAUUUACCUGGAGGGUGGCAAUGUUAAGACCCACCAUCAGUGUUACAACCUGUCCUUGUAUAACUUGGACAAUAAAGAAAUAUCAACUGUGGUGAAGAUUGUGGAUUAUCCAAUUGUGGAUGGAUUUACUGGCAUUUACUCCUCGGAGCUAGCACUGAACUGCUGGGCAAGUGACAGCCAAAGAGUCAUAAUUGACACAGCCCAAAGAAGCAGAAAGGACCUAAUCAUUGUAAACAGUGCAACAGGAAUUGUGACAUCACUCAUUACUGAUUCAGAGGCUGGGAGCUGGACGCUGUUGGACAUUCACCAAGACCUGAUGGUGGUCAGCUGUUCGUCCCCUAACUGUCCGCCCGCUUUGAAAGUAGGUUUCCUGCCAGCUGCAGGCAAAGAACAAGGGAUCGCUUGGGUGGCGCUAGAUGAAGCGGAACCAUUGCCCGAAAUAGACUGGAAAAUCCUGACUUUUACACCUCCAUUUGAACAGGCGAAUCCUAAAUUCCCUGGCCUGCAAUUUGAAAGUAUCUUACUCAUACCUGGUCAUGAAAAGGAAGUCAAACCUCCACUUGUUGUAAUUCCACAUGGGGGACCUAACUCGAUCUUUGUUGUCAGUUGGAUGUUGCUGCCUGUUGCACUUUGUAAGCUGGGAUACGCAGUGCUGCUCGUGAACUACCGAGGAUCCAGUGGCUUUGGACAAGACAGCAUUCGCUCACUGCCUGGUAACAUAGGAAGUCAAGAUGUGAAGGAUGUACAAUAUGCUGUCGAAAGUGUGUUAAAAGAAGGGUGUGUGGAUUCUGACAAGGUGUUACUGAUUGGUGGCUCACACGGAGGCUUUAUUGGCUGUCAUCUGAUUUGCCAAUAUCCUGGUUUCUACAAGGCAUUUGCGACAAGGAAUCCUGUCAUUAAUCUGGUUUCCAAGCUGGGGACAACAGACAUUCCUGACCAUACCAUGGUGCAAGCUGGGUUUGAUUUUGCCCCAGAUCAAUUGCCAACUCCUUCUGUGCUGACAGCACUGCUGAGCAAAUCACCUAUCACUUGUGUAUCUCAGGUGAGAACUCCAGUUUUGAUAAUGCUGGGUGAAAAAGACAAACGCAUUCACCCAACACAAGGUCUUGAGCUCUAUCGUGCGCUGAGAGCCAGAAGUGCUCCUGUGCGGUUACUGUGGUAUCCUGAUGACAACCACUCGCUCUCCAAAGUUGGCACCGAAGCUGAUGUGUUUAUGAAUAUUGCUUUGUGGUUUGUCUUUGCACUGGACAUUACUAAUGCAGCUUGAGACAAUCUGGCAUGUGGAUGACAAUCCAACUCAAUUUGAAUGUGUGUGCAGCUAAUUUUAGUCUGAUGAAAAGGUGGCUACAAUGGAUUUCCUUUUAGCCAUAUGGUAGGAUUGCACAUCCCUUUGUCUUUAUAUGGAAUUCAUUCAGCUAUUAGAUCGGCUCAAAGAUAGCACCCUUUCCUCUGAAGCAAUGAUUAUGGAUUUAUACCCUACUCUAUAACUUGACUAGAUAAUCUAAGUUGGCACUUCUGUGUGAUAGCGUGUGCGUAGGGUUUUGUUAGAGGUGGGCUAUUUUACAUGAGAUGUUAAAUAGAGAUCUAUCUGCCAGUUCAGGUGUGUGGAAAUUAUCCCAUGCCACUAUUUGAAGGUGAUCAAGAAGUUCUGCUGGUGUCCUUGCCAACAUUUAUCCCUCAACCAACAAAGACAUUAUCUGAUCAUUUGCUAUUUGAGGGACCUGGCUGUGCAUGUGCUGGGUGCCAUAUUUUCCUACAAAAUGGGGAUUAACCUUAGAAGAAACUUAUUGGCAGUGAAACACUUUGGGACAUCUUGAGGAUGUUAAAGGUACUUUAUAAAUACACUGUCUCCCUUGUCUUUAUAAACCUGCAAAUUUCAAACAUGUUAAUCUUUCUGACUAGUUGACCCAUCCUUCUGUUUGCCUUAAUGUCCUAUUUUGGAUGAGUGCAUCAGAUCAGCAUAAAUGUUCAAAAUCCAGAUUAAAUUACAGAAUAAAAAUUCCCUUUCUAACUGAUUGCACUGGAAGUGCUCCUGUAGUGUAGUAAAGGGUGGUUUUCCAAAACUUAAUAUUUUGUACAUGGUUGGGGUUGAAUCAGUGGAAUCAUUAACCUGUAUUAUAACUGAUGACUGUACCAAAAGUUCAAACUCAUUGGAAAGAGUUUGUUUCCCACAGUUGAUGCCUGACCUUAAGUACAAAGUUUAUUUUUUCAAAGUAUCAUGUUGUUCCUUGCGCAUGGAUGACAUAAAUGUAGAAGUGAAGGUAAGAUCAUAUUUUAUUUCUGUUCAUGCACUUCAAUUUUGCAUUAUAAUGACUGUAAUGUUAUGAGUCAAAGAUAUCAAUGAAAAUUUGGACAUUCAGGUUUAGAAUCUUGCAUUGCCUGUGCCAGGUCCAUCUCUCUGACAAUCUUGGCAUUGAUGAUCUUGUUCCAGUCAAUUGUUGUGUGUGUAAAUGGCAGCUGGCGCCGAAGACCCUUGAGCAGAGAAUCCAGCUUUUGAUAAUUCUCCAUUAGGCCAAGCUGGAGGGAGACAGAGAACGAGAGGAUAUUCUUUUGCUGCUCAAUAGAAAAGAUUGCACUUUUAUCAUUGCAAAGUUUCAAGCUUUCAGCCAAUUACAAUGAUUUUCAGUCAUAAUAAAAGAAACAAAGCUUCGUCUGAAUAUUGGAAGCCUUACAGUUUUAUUUAUUGAAAUGCUAAUGUCCCUCUUGGUGUCAUUUGGAGUUUUGGAACUGUGAAGAGGAGCUGAAGAUAUCAAAUAUAUGUGAAUAAACAAUUCCUCUUUUUGA